UCACGCUGACCGCGAAGAUUUUUCACGGCUAACAAGUCACAAGAUUAUCCAUUUCUAGCUCGCUCUCGUGUUCUUCCCAACCGAUCGAGCGUCUCUUCUCACUGACACUGCCUCCCUCCUUUUAUACAGCGGCGCCGGCGAGCGCACACAUGCUGAAUUGCUGAUCGGUAGAAUUCCGCGGCUGAUCUGUGACAUCGGCCUCUCGGCGGCGCAUGCCAGAUCAAAUUGCGGCGACGGCGAUGGCGGCUCCUAAGCCGGCGAAGGUGUACGGUUGGGCGGUGUCGCCGUUCGUGGCGCGCGCGCUGGUGUGCCUGGAGGAGGCCGGCGUCGACUACGAGCUCGUCGCCAUGAGCGCCGACGCCGGCGACCACCGCCGCCCCGACCACCUCGCGAGAAACCCGUUUGGGCAGGUGCCGGUUCUCGAGGACGGCGACCUCACGCUCUUCGAAUCCCGCGCGAUUGCGAGGCACGUCCUCCGCAAGCACAAGCCGGAGCUCCUGGGGGGCGGCAGCCUCGAGCGGUCCGCCAUGGUGGACGCGUGGCUGGAGGUGGAGGCCCACCAGCACCACCCGGCGGCCCUCGCCAUCAUGCUGCAGUGCAUCAUCGCGCCGCUGGUCGGCGGCGCGCGCGACCAGGCGGUCGUCGACGAGAACGCCGGCAAGCUCCGCGCGGUGCUCGACGUGUACGAGGCGCGGCUGUCGCGGAGCACCUACCUCGCCGGCGACUUCGUCAGCGUCGCCGACCUGAGCCACUUCCCGCUCAUGCGCUACUUGAUGGCCACCGAGUACGCCGUGCUGGUGGAGGCGCGGCCGCACGUCAGGGCGUGGUGGGAGGAGCUCGCCGCCCGGCCGGCGGCCAGGAAGGUGGCAGAGCUCAUGCCGCUAGAUCUUGGGCUGUCCAAGAAAAAUGAUCGCUGACGACAAGUGCCGUGCGUGCCUUUCGGAUCAAAAACAGUGUCAUACCGCUACUUAAUGGAAAAUAUAAAUUCUGGCAACCAUAUACAACUAUAGAAGAGAUCAAAGGGACCAUGACCUCAUUUCCAAUAACGAUGCAAGAAUCCCCAAGUGAAAUUCAACUCCCAACUACUCACAAGAAAAGGGAGGAAAAUCAACAUCUUCCGCUGACUAUUUGGAGGUGCGAUUUCUUGGGCAGGAACACAGAGAAACACCUACUCAGCUUCCACGAGACCGACUGUGACCACAUGCUUAAAAUCGUAUUAUUUUGUU